AGAGAGAGAGAGAGAGAGAGAGAGAGAGAGAGUAGUAAUAGUAAUAUUAGCAUAAAUAAAUAGCAUCAUCGGAAUAUCUAUCCAUCUGUUAGUCAGUCAAUCAAUCACUCCUAAUUAUAAACGAAACGAAACCCUAAAAUAAAAACAGAGAAGAAGAAGAAGAAGAAGAGAUCUAUCCGACCACCCUAAUCUGAAUCUGAAUCUCAUUCUGAUCGGAAUUCGGCAAUCGGAAGAACAGCUGUAGCAGCGCCGCGAAGCGAAGCGAUGGAUGAAGAAUAUGACGUGAUCGUGUUGGGAACAGGUCUCAAGGAGUGCAUCCUCAGCGGUCUUCUCUCCGUUGACGGCCUCAAGGUGCUGCACAUGGAUCGUAAUGAUUAUUAUGGAGGAGAGUCUUCUUCCCUUAAUCUCAAUCAGCUCUGGAAGAGGUUCAGAGGCAACGAUAGCCCUCCAGCUCAUUUGGGUUCCAGCAGGGAUUAUAAUGUUGAUAUGAUCCCCAAGUUCAUGAUGGCAAAUGGAACUCUUGUCCGUGUCCUUAUUCAUACCGACGUCACCAAGUAUUUGUACUUCAAAGCCGUAGAUGGCAGCUACGUCUUUAACAAAGGGAAGGUUCACAAGGUUCCCGCUACAGACAUGGAGGCACUCAAAUCUCCACUCAUGGGCAUUUUUGAGAAACGCCGCGCUCGCAAGUUCUUCAUUUAUUUCUUCAUUUAUGUCCAAGAUUAUGAUGAAAAUGACCCCAAAACCCAUGACGGCUUCGACUUGACAAGGGUCACUACAAGAGAACUCGUUUCGAAAUAUGGUCUUGAUGACAACACUUUGGACUUCAUUGGCCAUGCAAUAGCUCUUCAUAGGGAUGAUCGUUACUUAAAUGAACCUGCACUGGACACCGUGAAAAGAAUGAAGCUUUAUGCCGAGUCUGUUGCCCGUUUCCAAGGAGGAUCCCCAUACAUUUAUCCUUUAUAUGGAUUAGGAGAGCUUCCUCAGGCAUUUGCUCGGCUCAGUGCAGUUUAUGGCGGGACAUGUAUGUUAAAUAAACCUGAGUGCAAGGUUGAGUUCAAUGAGGAAGGAAAAGUUAUUGGUGUUACUUCUGAAGGCGAAACUGCGAGAUGCAAAAAAGUUGUAUGUGAUCCGUCGUACUUGCCGAACAAGGUUCGAAAGGUUGGAAAGGUUGCAAGAGCAAUUGCCAUCAUGAGCCAUCCAAUUCCCAACACCAAUGAUUCCCAUUCAGUGCAGGUUAUCCUGCCACAGAAGCAGUUGGGUCGCAUAUCAGACAUGUAUCUCUUCUGUUGUUCUUACUCUCACAAUGUUGCUCCAAAAGGAAAAUUUAUUGCAUUUGUAUCGACCGAGGCAGAGACUGAUAAUCCCGAGACUGAGCUGAAGCCUGGAACUGACCUUCUUGGGCCUGUUGACGAGAUAUUCUAUGAUAUGUAUGACAGAUAUGAGCCAGUCAACGAGCCCACUUUGGACAAUUGCUUUAUAUCAACAAGUUACGACGCUACAACACACUUUGAGUCCACAGUGAUAGAUGUGCUGAACAUGUAUACCCUGAUAACUGGGAAGGUUGUGGACCUGAGUGUGGACUUGAGUGCUGCAAGUGCUGCGGAAGAAUGAGGAGCACUCCACUCCUUUUGGCAUUGAUUGAUAUGUAAGUUAAUCCUUUUUUUUUUUUUUUAAUCAAAUCAAACUAGCCUACAAAUGCUAAAAGUUGUAAACACCAACACAAGGGGAGCUGGAUUGUCUUGAGUUGUAUCAUUUUUCUUUUUCAUCCAUGGACAUGUUACGAAUGUUGUUUGAAAAUGUUGGUUGUCACGGAACAUGUGUAGAUUUCAGACGUUAUGAUCGAUGAUAAUUUCUAGCCUUGCAGCUUGGCAACCCUUUUUUUAUUU